UAAAAUAGAACACAUAAACCUAACCAAUACGCGGUUAACAUUGUUGUGCAGAGGUUAACUACACAAUAGGUUUACACGAGCAGAACUUAUAAAUACGAGUGUUAAACUUUUGCGUAUAGUUAGUAAUGGCUUCUUUGCGUGUAUAACGUGUAAAAUAAAACGGCGCUUUUUACAAAAGAAGCACCGACAAAAUGCUGUGAAAGGCCUGUUCCAAGUUUUGGAAUCCAUUGCUGCCAUGCCAUAUAGGGAGAUUACUGCGGCUGUGUGGCUGUGACCGACAACAACAACAACAUCUUGUAAACAUGAGAUAAAAUCCUGCCAUUUAGUGCCAUUUAAAAUCAGAUGGUGACUGCUUACAAAGGAAUUGAAACAAUGCAGCAACCAGCUUCUUCCACAUUUAUAAAGCCAGAACGAGUUGACCCGGCGUUUCUGCCUCCCAGUUACCACUUGCAACAGCAGCAGCAACAAAAUCAUCUGCAACAGCAACAUAAAUCCAUGCCCCCCAAUGUUCAUUCUCAGGUACCGCCUGUGGUUUCAGUUAACACAGGUAAAGACGCAAAACCAAAUGAAAGCCCUGCUGUCGAUUCCAUAGAGAUGCAGCCUGACUUUCCGAGCAUCAAAGGAGUGUUUGGAUGGACAACAAUGGAUAACGUCAACAUUCCGCAUAUCUUGCGCGGUGAUAAAAAGUUCGUCUCUGUACGAAUUGUUGAACAAAAGCUUUUAAGCAGAUAUCCAAACUCUUACCCCGAUGACCUAGGAAAACAUGCUCCGCUUACUAGUUUUUUUAUUACAAGCAACGAAGCCAAAUUGUACAAUGAAAUAAAUGUACAGCAUUGUGAAUGUGAAUACGGGAAAAAGGAAUUCAACACCAAAGAACUGAUUGUUUUGCUCUCGGACUUCGUUCGGUUUUACGAACUUGUAAAAAAGACCUUUCCUGAUGCGGCCGCUGCAAGAGCCGCCCAGAUUGCACGCGAUUCUGUCGGCUGGCUACAGAUUAAAAACACAGUGACUCCGUAUGUGAAACGUGCUGAUGGUAACAAGUAUGUACCUCUAAAUGUGAUACAGUACGCAGCAGGGUUAUUGACAAAUGGUAAGGUUAAGGGAUCUCUUCCAACAGAGGUAGAAUGCCAAAUGUUAAACGAGGCUUGUAAAGUGGCAGGUGUUGAAUUCGUUUUUUCGGACGCUACAACAAGGUUAAUCUGUGUAAAUGAUGUCGCGUAUAACACUUCUGUAGAUAUUAUUGAAUUGCCGUCCAACAACCCACUCAAACAUGCCACAUACAUGGAAUUACCAACAAGCACAGGUAAGCAAGUCGAGAGUUCAAAACCCUCCAAUGUUCCGAUCCAAGAGGUUGUCCAUAAAAUCAAUCCAAGUUCGCAAUCCUACACGUUUCAACCAAAUCCACAGCUUGAUGCCAUUCGUGCACAAAUUCAAGGAUCACUUACAAACCGAAACGGACCCGUUUCACAAAUGCCUCAAAUGGCCAUGCCACCAAGACCGGUUUACUCUAGUAACAUGUUUUUUGACCAAAAUACCGAUCGACGUUUUGCUAGAAUAUCAAAUGGCCCACCAAACAUGAGUGUUAAUCCAAAUACUGCUGCAAGUCGCACGGGUACCCAAAUGCAUGAUAUGCUUCAACACACCAGAGGCCCAUCUGGAGGGGUUCCAAUAAACCAUAAUAAUAUGAACGCUGUAGAUCCUCUAUCGUCACGAAGGUCACCGGGAUGUAGCUCAAAUACAUCACCUCGCUCCCGUCCCCCGUCGCUGUCUCGGCCCCCAUCCGGAUCUCCACUUUCACCUGGGCUGCCUUCACCGCAUCAGUUUCCACAGUUCAACACUUCUGCCAUUGAACAGGCAUAUCGCGUUCAACAAAUGGUGACAAAUGACCAACAGAUACAGAAUAUGUAUGCUCAGAGAUAUCUUAACACAUCUUCAAUAUCAAAUCAAGAAUCAACCACUGCUAGUGCUUCUAGUAUGUCCUAUCAGCGCGUGCAUCCAAAUGCAAACCAGGAAAUACCAGGGUUGUUUAGUCCCACAGGAACUAAUAUUUCUCCACACAAUACAGACGAUGUACGUAAAACGGCUGUUGGAAAUUCUCUUCCUCCGUUACUUCAGAUGGCUAACAAUCCUAGAAAUCCUUUAGGCUCGCCACCUGGUACAACCCAGAGAACUACAAAUGGUCAUGUAACAAGGUAUGCAUGUCAACCAAUACUGCCGAAACAGGUCGAACAACCUAAACCACAGUCUUUAACUGCUGUAAACACUCACCAGUCUUUAGUGGGUAGCAGUAUAAAAGGUGCAUGGUUAAACAGCAAAAGUAUAUCUUGUUUGUUCAUUGAACAAGGCAAUAGAAUGGGUCAGUAUUGCUUGGUCGAAGCAGUGUGUAAACUUUACUUUAAUGGCUGCAGUGUCACAGAGUUCUUGUUUGCCUUAGAAAAAGUGCUUAAUGUCCCUUUAAUAACGUGUACCGAUGCAGAGGAAAAGGCCUUUAUAAAUUAUUACAGUUUGCCAGUUACAGAAUUAAAGUGCAACAAAAUGAUUAAGUUCAGUGACUUAGAGAAAUAUUUUCCUCAGUUAACAUACAUGUUUCCCAGCAAAGAAGCCAUUGCGCAGAGUGAAACUGACUUUAGUUCCAAAGACAACGACACAUUUGACUAUUCGACGAACCUCAACGGUAUUACGCUUAGCGGGAAACGCAGCCUGGAGAGAGAGACAUGUCCACCAUCCAAACAACAAAGACACGAAGGCUAUGAUAAUAAAGAUACAGAAGACGCAGUCAUUAUUUUGGAUUGAGAGCUUCAAUUAACUGAUUAGACUAUUUAAUUUGAUGAUUAUAUAUGUGGUUACAGAAAAGAACCAAGGCCAGCGAUUUCGGACAUCAUCGAACUAAAUCAAAAAUGUAUCAUGAUAGUGGUUGUAACAAAAGAUACUUCAGUUGUCAGAUUUUGUUUCGUUUAUGUUCUGUAGUUCAAGCAGUGCAUCAACGUUGCUCCAAUAAAAACAACCGCAUCCUACUUAAGGUAUCAUUUUAUUUAAAGCACCAACAUAAUUGUCUAGACUACUAGAAUGGCUGUAGAAUGCACUUCUGAGAAUUUACUUGCAGCAUCUGCUUGUUGAGUCUUCUUUAUAUAAAAUAAAAGAAUAUAUGGUCGAUCUGUUGUUAUUGAUGUAAACUAUGAAUAAACAUUUUUUGUGAAAUGUAGGAGACUGAAAGAUUUGUACCUAACUCGUUGUGAAACAGUGUUACAAAAUUAAGUUAAUAUUGAAGAUGAUAUUGUUAAAUAAGUCAUUAAUCUUUUUGAGCAGCCUUUUUUUAUAUCUAGUUGUAUUGUUUUAAUUUCUCUUCCUUUCUUUGUCCUCAGUUUCUCAGGUUUUAAAAUAAUUUUGCGCUCGUGAAAGUAUUAUCUUAUAACAGUUGGUUUUGUAUAAGUUCAUAACUUAGUUUGUUUCUCAUUGUUGGAUAUAACAUGAUAACCCUGCUAACUUUUAUUUAAACGUAAGCGAUUACUAUUAUCUGUAAUCUGCUACUGUUAGAAGCAUUUUGUUGUUUUUACUAUUUUAGAUUUUACAUACGUGUAGUAUGAAAUUAAAAUUAUUUUAGUGUUAUCAAGAGUAGCGCUGAGGAAUGUUGCACUUUUCAUUAAAUUACUAUUUAUAUGCAAUUGAUGUCAAUAAAACGUUGUUUUUUAGUUUGGUAAAGUUUAUAAAGUUAUGUUACAGAUAGUACAUACAUCCCGUGUUCUCUGAUCUGGGCAUUAGUACAGAUAUUUGCAUUUACUACGUCCAUUUUCACCACGCAUUUGUCUCAUGAUUCAUGCAAUAAAAAUAGUGAAUUUA